GCUCAUUUCCAAAACCGACACGUGGCGGCCGGCUAGCUGCAAAGAAGAUAAGAAAUGGCUAAGAUUCUGUCAAGAUUGUUCGCUCUGAGAGCACUCCACACGUUCAAGAAGGACCUCAACUCUUCAUGCUACACAAUCACUCGAGCUCUAUCAGCGCAGCCUCUCCAAGAAGACCUCGAGAGGACGCCCCUCCUCCAUUACUCGCCUCCCCCCACUCAAGCUUGGAUCCGCUCCUUCAACUCUGGAGAUAAACUUGGGAUCAUAGAUCUUGACCCAAGAGUGUUUGGUAGCCGCCCUAGAGUGGAUAUCCUCCAAAGGGUGGUGGUCUGGCAGCUGGCAAAGAAACGAGCCGGGACGGCAAAGGUCAAAGAUCGUGGUGAAGUACGUGGUGGUGGAAGAAAGCCUCGUCAGCAAAAAGGCUCUGGACGAGCAAGACAAGGUAGCAUUCGAGCGCCCCAUUAUGUUGGAGGGGGCGUUGUCCACGGUCCGAGGGGUCCAGUUUCGUAUGAGUAUACUCUCCCUAAAAAGGUCCGAAAACUUGGCCUUCGGUCUGCACUCUCAAUAAAGUAUGCUCAGGGAGACCUGCAGAUUGUCGAUGCUCUGUCAUGUGAUAGUCACAAGACACGGGAUUUUGUUGAAAUGAUGGCUACACGUGAUUGGACGUCUGUUCUGCUCGUGGAUGGGGGUGAUGUGAACUCUGACCUUUGCAUGGCGACUCAGAACCUUGAGAAAGUCGAUGUUCUACCAAGCAUUGGGCUGAAUGUGUACAGUGUGUUGUCAAGGGAGACGCUGGUCCUGUCAGUAGGAGCUGUACGAAUGAUCGAGCAAAGAUUAACAAUGGACUUCUGUGAACCUUUUGAUAAUGUAUUAGAGGACUCUGUGGAUUAGUGCUAUAUUUAUGCAGUACAAUCAUAUAUAAGUACAGCUGUACCAGUCCUACAUUUGUUAGUUUUAUAUAAGGAACAUUAUAUAUUAGCCUCGAUUCCAGGCCGCAUUAAAAUAC